CAGACGCGAAACCGUACGGUCGCGUGAUCUAUAUUUCGCGUGUUUCGAGGAUUUGCGAGAUAAUCGCCAUAGUACGCCUGACGUAACGCGCAGCCAGCCUAACUGAGUUCGGUGCUGAUCCCGGUGGUUGUCAACUCGUACACGGAUAUCGUGUCAUCGCCGCCGCUGCUGUACGGGAUUUGAGGUGAAUUGCGGCAGGCAAGUGGUUCGAAUCGAUUUGCUGCAAUCAAGGUUCGCCUCUACGAUCGUUGGUGAGAUUUUUCCCAAAUUGGCCACGGGGAUCGUUUACUCAAAGGCACCGUCCGCCACAAUGUACGGAAAACUGACGUGCCUUGUGGCACUGGCCAGCUUUUGGCUGGCUUACGCACUAGACUAUGCCCCCAAAAUGGAGACGGUAAAGCAGUGGAGCUUUCUGUCGUACAACUUCCCCUGGGAUUACCCGUCCACCAAUAAGGAUUUUUACAACCCUGAGAACAUCGUCGCCACCGGUAUUGAAGUCGGUUACGACAGGAUCUUCAUAGCAACGCCACGAUUGUUCAGUGGAGUACCGGCCACGCUAUCGUCGAUUCCACGUGGAACCCAGGGUGAUUCGCCGCAGUUGCAAGCCUAUCCAGAAUGGCAUCAUCACACGGCUGGCACCAAGCAGUACAACUGCUCCGAAAUCGGACUGGUAUCGGUUUAUCGAAUCCGAAUCGAUUCGUGCAAUCGAUUGUGGGCCUUGGAUGCUGGCGUUUCACGAUCCUUGGAAGACUUCGAAGUGACCUGUCCUCCGAAAAUAUUGGUUUACGAUUUACACACCGACCAGGUUGUACGGAGAAUCGACUUCCCCACCGAAGUUGUCCGACGUGAAUCACUUUAUACCAACAUCAUUGUGGACGAAUCCACAUCUAGACCGGAAAAUAACUGCGACGACGUAUUUGUCUACAUUACGGACACCGUCGCUCCAGGUAUCGUAGUCUAUGACAGUGAGAAGGAUCUGACGUGGCGUGUAAGCCAUCCCGCUAUGUACCCCGAUCCAGAUUUUGCUGAAUCGACCAUCUUGGAACACCGUUUCACUCUUAUGGAUGGUGUUGUUGGUAUUGCAUUUGAUCAGGAAUCCGGAAUUGUUUACUUCCAGCCUCUAGCUACUGACAGAUUAUUCUCGGUGACUACAGCGGCUCUUAGAGCUGGACCACUGCCUUUCGGAAAGGAGCUCCCUGUCAAACUGGUUGGUCGCAAAUCAUCACAAGGAAUUGCUCUGGCCGUGCCACCACAUGGAGGUACCAUCUUCUAUUCACCGUUUACGGAAACUGCCGUUGCGUCAUGGAAUCCCCGUACCAAUGAGCAUCAGAUCGUUGCGCAAGACCAGGAGCGCCUGCAGUUCACAGCCGACAUCCGAACACCAGCCCGCGACGGAUCUGCUAUUUAUAUUCUGACCUCCAAGUUCCAUAGGUUCUUCCUCAAGAAUGUCGACGCUAACGAGUUCAACACUCGUAUUCUUCGCAUCGACGGCGUUGUCUCAUCCGGUCUACCCACUGUUGCGCCGUCUGGAUUCGGACCAACCGUUGAAACCAACUCCGCUUUCUACAGUUUACCUGCCGUUAAUCCGUCCGCCGCCAACCCCUUCAAACCAUUGCCACCGAUGGCCACUAUCCCAUUCCCCAAGUAUCCCACACAUAAGUCCACCAAUCCUAAGACCUAUGCCUUCAUUCAAAACUACUACGUCAACAAUAAGCAGCCCUAUGUCUAUGAACCGGUUCCGGUGAUCGACAAAACCAAGACCAAUCCUUUCUUCAUCCUGAACAGUGGCGAGAAGCCCUUCCCAGCCACCCAGCCGCGACCGCAGUACGGUCUCAACGGUGAAAUCUUUUUCCCAAAAAUCAACCACCACUUCAAUGACUUCAACGGUCUUCGGUACGCGAAGAGCUUACGAGCCAAUCUGACGGCGACGCCGUAAACGCAAAACGGGCGUAUCCCAGUACUACGCGUUCAAAAUUGGGCUCACGUCGAACCUCUCAAUUGCAAAUGUAAAUAGUAUCACAAUUCUUAUUCGACCUUAUUGUGUUCAAUUCUCUAUUCAGUACCACCGGAAACUCAUUUAUCAUAUCAUCACGGACGACCUUUUAAUCAUUGAUCGAGAGUUAAGUAAAUGUAGUAAAUGUCUCACGAAAUACUCUGUAGAACUAGGGACACUCUUCUCAAACCCUAUGAUAGUUUUCAACAUCUUUUGUAAAGCCAUAGCUCAAUGCAUUUUCACCAGCUCUCCGUUUUUGUUUGUUACUAACGGCGCCCCAAAUGAAACUUCCAUCUUGAGUUUCUUGCCUUUGUGCAAGAUUUGAUUGAAUUUCGCAUACUUUUGUGCGCUAUUCGAAAAUUCAAACAACUCAAAUGAUUCAGGUUGGGUCAUGGCAGAGGUCGCCAGCAAAUGUGUAGUAAAUUAUAUCAACUCGACAACAAAAUGACAAUUUUAGAUCAGUGUAUAUAAUGAAUCAAAAUAAAUAAAUUAUCUAAAUGAGAA